UGCAUUGUGGGAAAAAGGAGCCAGUCGCCAUCUUGCUUUAGCGCCGCAAGUUAUCAGUGCAGAAUAAUAACCACGUUUGAAUGAAUAUUUUUGAGACAUACGAGUGUUUUAACAAUUCAAUUUGAGCAUAUAUUGCAGGUAGUGAGGUGUACGAGUGUGUAGGUGGAACACCGUGCUGUUUGUUGGAAUAUUUCCGACUAUAGAAUUAGCUAACUGGGUACGUUCGACUUGAGGUGAUCAUGGGUCGCUCUAGGAGUCGCAGUUCGUCCCGUUCCAAACACUCCAAAAGCAGCAAGCACAGCAAAAAACGGAGCCGGUCGCGUUCAAGGGACAAGGAGAGGACCAAGAAACGAUCCAAGUCCCGUGAAGCGAAGAGGAACCGGCGCAGAGAAUCGCGUUCUCGUUCCCGGUCAGCUACAGCAUCGACCCGUAGGGAAAGGGAGAGAGCGGUCACACCGCCGGAGAGAAUUGACAUAUUCGGCAGGACACUGAGCAAGAGAAGCGCCUUGGACGAAAAACAGAGAAAAGAGGAGGAGGAGAAGAAAGUCGAGAUGGAAAGACAGAGGAAGAUCAACCCUCCCCUCUUUCUCUCGCCACCCUUGCCGAGCAGCCGGCAGGUGGAGAUAGAGGAGAAGCUGAUCGAGGAGGAGACGGCGCGUCGCGUGGAGGAACUGGUGGCCAAGCGGGUGGAGGAGGAGCUGGAGAAACGUAGAGAUGAGAUCGAGAGGGAGGUUCUGCGACGUGUGGAGGAGGCCAAGCGUAUCAUGGAGCGCCAGCUGUUGGAGGAGCUGGAGAAACAGAGGCAGACGGAGCUACAGGCCCAGAAGGCCAGAGAGGAGGAAGAACGAUCCAAACGGGACGAGCUGGAGAAAAUCCUGGAGGAGAAUAACCGCAAGAUCGCUGACGCUCAGGCCAAGCUGGCUGAGGAGCAGUUGCGUAUCGUAGAGGAGCAGAGAAAGAUUCACGAGGAGAGGAUGAAGCUGGACCAGGAUCGGCAGCGGCAGCAGAAGGAGGAACAGAAAAUGAUCCUGGGCAAGGGAAAGUCCCGGCCCAAGCUCUCCUUCUCCCUCAAAGCCACCGAAUGAGUCUCUCAUCCCUCCUCUCUUCCUUCUCAUCCCACCCACCUCUCUGCUCCUCCUCCUCUCUGGAACGCUAGCUGUGUGGAAGGCUGAAGGAAGGGUGGCCCACGGCGCUGUCCUGCCACGCCCUGCUCCACAGACCUUUCCCAACCAAGCCUUGGAGGGAGGCCCGCCCCCCUUCAAACACCUGUCUCGCCGCUUGACCCCUUUGACCCCCCCUCCCACCCACCCAGUGACUAUUGUUUGUGUUUUUAUUUUUUAAUUUUAUUUUUAAGGAUCUGAUCUGUCAUGUACAAAACUGUCACUACGUGGUCCUCUUACUGUGGCCCACGAGUGGUUGAGUCCCCUCUGUUUCUGUAGGGUAAGUGUUUUUCUGUUGAAGCUUAUUAAAACUGUGGGCUUUAUGAGUUGGCCUAGGCUUUCCCUGUGCCGUAUGUGUCUAAAGUAGAAAGCUGAUUUCCCAAGCAGGGCUAGCCUAAAGUGAUGCUGCAGGCAGGGCUAGCCUAAAGUGAUGCUGCAGGCAGGGCUAGCCUAAAGUGAUGCUGCAGGCAGGGCUAGCCUAAAGUGAUGCUGCAGGCAGGGCUAGCCUAAAGUGACGCUGCAGGCAGGGCUAGCCUAAAGUGACGCUGCAGGCAGGGCUCGCCUAAAGUGACGCUGCAGGCAGGGCUCGCCUAAAGUGACGCUGCAGGCAGGGCUCGCCUAAAGUGACGCUGCAGGCAGGGCUCGCCUAAAGUGACGCUGCAGGCAGGGCUCGCCUAAAGUGACGCUGCAGGCAGGGCUCGCCUAAAGUGACGCUGCAGGCAGGGCUCGCCUAAAGUGACGCUGCAGGCAGGGCUCGCCUAAAGUGACGCUGCAGGCAGGGCUCGCCUAAAGUGACGCUGCAGGCAGGGCUCGCCUAAAGUGACGCUGCAGGCAGGGCUCGCCUAAAGUGACGCUGCAGGCAGGGCUCGCCUAAAGUGACGCUGCAGGCAGGGCUCGCCUAAAGUGACGCUGCAGGCAGGGCUCGCCUUUACUCGGUAAAGCACGGUGACCUCCACCCGACAGGUUGAUCUUCAACCUCCCCACACCUCACAUCAGAUGUUUUUAAACUCACGUUUCUCCUCGGUUUAGAUGUAGCAUCAAAUACAAGGACAAGGAGACCCCACUGCUGCACAGAGGAACCCAGGCCAAUUCCCAAUCUGCCCAUGGAGCUGGUCAGGCUGGAACAGGAUACGAGUGUCAUCCAUGGUCAGGAGGGGUGGGGGGGGACGAGACGAGAGACAUUUCCUGUAUGAUGUAAUAUUUAGCGUCUCUGUGGUGUCCUACUCCUGUGAGUUAAUAUAUGAAAUGAAUCCAAACAGCAAGGGAUUUAUUAAUCGUGCAUCAUUUUACUGAACUGUUACUGUUUACAUCUGAGUGAGUUGUGCUCUGAAGUAGACUGUUUCAGACCUCCUUAGUUUGUCUAGUUUAUUAACUUCCCCCUUUGUUAGGGUCCCCGUUAACUCACUAUUGGUUCCUAAAGGAUGUCCAAGUCCAGGUGAGAUUGACUAGCUACAUGGUUUAGGUCUGACAGAGAGAGAGAAAGAGAGAGAGUGUGUGUGUGUGUCUGACAGAGAGAGAGUGUGUGUGUGUGUGUGUGUGUGUGUGUGACAGUAUGUAUGGCUGACCGCUGGUAAGAGGCUUCAUGAGUAAGUGAAAUUUGUCUUGUGGUAAUUUCCUCAACUUGUUAAUGGGGACUGAACAAUUUACCAAUAAAUCCAUUGAAUGCUUUCAA